UCUUUGUUAUUUUGGGAGAAAGAGCAACUCAAUGUAAAAAGAGUGUAGACACUCUUAUCCUGUUGUGAAGAUAGUCAUGUGUCCUAAUCCUAAUAUAAUAUAGAGCUUCACUAACGGCCACAUAUGGCCUCCAUCCUCUUCAAACCAACAACUCAAUUCCAACUCCAACUCUAUUCUUCAACGAUUUUACUAAACCCCUUCAAGUUUCAUACUAGUCUACCAAGAAUUUCAUCUUCCAUUCAUGUCACUCACGUGGAGACACAGACAACAGAGCAAGAAAUUUCACACACCAGAAGAGAUGGUAAAACUAAUAGUAACAAAAAUGGUUCUGGGUUUUCAUCCUUUACUCCCAAAUAUAAGAAAUCUUAUUCUGGUCAGGAAAAUGGUGCCAAAAGAGUUGUUCUAAAAGAUAGAAAUGCAAAAUUGAAACCUAAAAGAAGGAGCUCUACUACUACUACUAAUAAUAAUAAGGCUGCGGAGUCAAAGAAGAGUAAAAUUGAUUCUACAUUGAGGAUUGGAUUAGAUAUGUGCUCAAAAAGAGGGGAUGUACUUAGUGCAAUUAAGCUAUAUGAUUUGGCACUGCUACAAGGAAUAGUAAUGGGACAGUAUCAUUAUGCUGUACUUCUCUAUCUUUGUGCUUCUGCAGCUACUGGUCUCAUUCACCCAGCAAAAAGUGGAAGUGUUAAUAGGACUUUGAAUGCUCCCAAUGAACAGGAGUUUAGCCUUAAUGACAAAGUAAUUGAGCAUGAUUCACAUUUGUUGAGCUCUUCCACUGUAGAUGAAUUUGUUCAAUUUAUGAAGAGCAGUGCAAAAAGUGUGAGACAAGAUGACAAUGGAAUUAAAGUGAGUGAAGAUGUAAGACAUUAUGCACUUACAAGGGGUUUUGAAAUAUAUGAGAAAAUGCUCUCAGACGAGGUACAAAUCAAUGAAGCAACCCUUACAUCUGUUGCAAGAAUGGCAAUGGCAUUAGGGAAUGGUGAUAUGGCAUUUGAUGUUGUAAAGAAAAUGAAAGAAGAUGGAAUAAACCCCAAACUACGAUCGUAUGCUCCUGCAUUAUCUGUUUUCUGCAAUAACGGGGAUGUCGACAAGGCAUUUAUAGUUGAACAACACAUGUUAGAGAAUGGUAUCUACCCGGAGGAACUUGAGCUGGAGGCACUUCUAAAAGUAAGUAUAGAAGCUGAAAGGAGUGAAAAAGUGUACUAUUUGUUACAUAAGCUUAGAGAAGGAGUUCGAAAAGUCUCACCUUCUACUGCAGAUUUGAUUGACAAGUGGUUCAACAGCAAGGUAGCUUCAAGGGUGGGAAAAAGAAAAUGGGAUGUAAGAUCCAUACACAAAGCUAUUAAAAAUGGAGGUGGUGGCUGGCAUGGACAAGGCUGGUUGGGUAAUGGAAAAUGGACUGUAUCACGUGGAAUCGUUGGCUCUGAUGGCUGCUGCAAAUGCUGUGCCGAGAAGCUCGUGACCAUUGAUCUUGAUCCAGAAGAAACUGAAAAGUUUGCUAAGUCAGUUGCUUCUAUAGCUGCGCAGAGAGAGAGAAAUUCGAGCUUCCAGAAAUUUCAAAGAUGGCUUGAUUACUAUGGACCAUUUGAAGCUGUUAUUGAUGGUGCAAAUGUUGGUCUUUACAGCCAAAGAAAGUUUAGGCCAUCUAAGGUCAAUGCUGUCGUCAAUGGAAUUCGUCAGAUGCUUCCUUCAAAAAAGUGGCCGCUAAUAGUUCUGCACAAUAGACGUAUUACUGGAGAUAAGAUGGAUGAACCAUUCAAUCGAUCGUUAGUUGAGAAGUGGAAAAAUGCGGAUGCGAUCUAUGCAACACCUACUGGGUCAAAUGAUGAUUGGUACUGGUUGUAUGCAGCUAUAAAAUUUCGGUGCUUGCUUGUGACCAAUGAUGAGAUGAGGGACCAUUUAUUUCAACUUCUGGGAAAUGACUUUUUCCCAAAAUGGAAGGAAAGGCAUCAGGUGCGUUUCAGUUUCUCUGAAACAGGUCCAGUAUUUCACAUGCCGCCUCCAUGUUCUAUUGUAAUUCAGGAGUCGGAAGAAGGAAACUGGCAUGUACCAAUUGCCUCAGAACUUGAAUCAGAAGAGGAAAGGACGUGGCUGUGCAUUAGGCGUGCCAAUUCACCUAUGGCACAUCAAGAUUCUUCCAGAGUAAACAUAUCCAAAAAUGUUGGUGAUCCCACUCACAAAUGCCCUCCUACGUCAUCAGACUCUCCUCACAACAAGGGAGAUGCAAAGUCAAGCACAAGAAGGAAAAAUCAAGUUAAGGUGACAGGAAAAACGCAUGGCAGCCACUGUCGGGGUAAGGAUGCACCUGAAGAGAUGUAUAGAAGUCUUAAAAACAUAUUACAACCGUCAAUAACCUCAGAUCAUUGUUCCAUUCUUCCAGAACUGAAGGCCGCAGAGGAGUUAGGGAGAUGCGUAGUCGAUUUUCAAAUAUAAACUCUUUAGUGUGGACUUUGGACCUUUUUGACACAAAAGAUGGUGCAAGCAGCCUCUAUUCCAGUAGGUAUACCACAUACUUGAACAAGAGUUCAAUUUAGAUCUUUCUGCCAUGUAGAUUAGAUAGGAGUUUUCUGUUAUUAGGGAGGAAAAGAAAUGGGAUGGCAAGGCUUGUCUUGGGGUUCUUAUUAUAACAGCAGUUUGUAUGAUUUUUGCCAGCAUUAAAAGUAGUUUUAUUAGUCUUUAUGGUGAAUAAUUUUCUUCAA